AUGGCCGGCUCGCCGACGCCUCGUGCCAGACGGCAGGCGGAUGGCGACCAAGAGCGACAGCCCCUCGUCGCCGCCCAGCGUGACCACCACAGCGGCCGCUACGAUGCCAUCGACCAGCAGCCGCAGCCAGCUCACCGCGCCACUCUACCCAAGUCGCCCUACCUCUCCUUUUCGCUCCGACUCGGCUUCCUCGCCGGCUUCGUCCUCCUGCUGCUGUCCACCAUCCUCCUCCUGCUGCUGCUCGUCAACGUCUUUGUGCCCCUGCCCCUCCUGCUGCCCCCGCACCGCUCCCCCGCCGUCCUGCCCAUCUGGUUCUGCGUCACCUCGAUUCUCAUCGUCGCACCCGGACUCCUCGUCUUUGAGCUGGCAUCCCGCGCCACCCGCGCGCUCCACUUUGGCGUCCUCCUCCUCAACGUCACCUCGCUCGUCGUCGUUUGCGCCGUGCAAGAGCUGCGCACCACCUACGCCUGGCUCGGCAUCGCCGCACUCUCCCUCUCGCUCCUCUCGGUGCUCUGGGCCCUCCUCACCUCGCACAUCCUCGCCGCCAUCCAGAUCCCCUACACGAUCCAGCCAGAGGGCGGCUUCCCCAUCGUCGCCCACAUCUCGGCGCAGCAGGUCCAGGGCAGGUGGUCGCGCGCCUUCAAGGUCAUCUUUGCCGUCAUCGGCACCGCCAUCGUCGCGUCCACCAUGGUCCUCCUCACCUUUAACAUCUCGCUCGACGCCGCCGACGCUGGCUUCCGCCCGCUCGGCAACCUCACCCGCGUCAGCCUCACCUCGUCCCACGUCCGCCCCAGCCCCACGGAUCCGCCGACAAAGGACCCGCUCCCCGUCUCGUUCCGCCUUCACCUCGCGUGCCAGAGCGCAGAGGACCUCGGCGGCGGCGUGGGGCUCGGUGCCCUGGCCAACGACGUUCUCAAGAAGCCGACCAACGACACCCUGGGCCGGCCCACGGCGCUGGUCAUGACCGAGCGCGGCGUGGCAGGCGUCGUCGGCGCCGGCUGGGUCCGCGAGAUGGUGGCGAGGUCCACGUUGCCGUCCGCAUCAAAAAAGAAGGGCAAGGGCGGCGACGGCGACGGCGACGGCGACGACAACGACGAUGGCCACCUCUCGCUCUCGCAGGUCUGCUUCUGGGACCGCAUCGGCCAUGGCCACACCGAUUUCGUCAACCGCCCCUUUUCCAUCCCCGUCCACACCGAGGCGCUGCACCAGGCGCUCGUCGCUGCGGGCCGGGUCGACGAGCCGCGGUCGUCGUCGUCGCCGUCGCCGUCGCCGUCGCCAUCCCUCCCGCUGCCGCCCUUUAACGACGAGCUCGACGCGGCACAGGGCGGAAAGAAGAACAGCACCGCCCUGGGCCCGUUCAUGCUGGUGGCCACGGGCUUCGGCAGUCUGUUCGCCCAGGACUUUGCCGCCACCUACCCGCACCUCGUCCACUCGAUGCUGCUCAUCGACGCCGAGACGCCCGCGUCGUGGUACACGGAUGCGGUGCCGCUGUCGUCGGGGCUCCGCGCCGGGUUCGCCGCGCCGUACCACGGCUACUUUGGCAGCCUGUACAGCGACCUGCUGCCGAUGCUCGUCGAGCCGCUGGGCGUGACCCGGCUGAUUGGCCUGCUGCGCGGACGCACCGUGGCCGAUCGCAUCCUGGCUCCGGGCUACCACGGCGGAGCACACCGCUCCGACCCGGCGGGCGGAGGAUGGCGGAUCCGCGGCGCCGGCGGGGCCAACAGCCGCCUGCUGACGGCGUCGUGGUACGAGCGCCUGGACGCCAACAUGGGCCCGUCGUCGACCAACUUCCACCACCUCAACCAGUCGAGCCACGCCGAGGCGUGGAACAAGACGCUGGCGACCAAGCCCGUCGCGGUGCUCAGCAGCUUCUGGAAGAUCCACCGCGACGUCGACGGGUGGGGCGCCAUCCAGCGCGGCCUCGUCGGCACCGCCAAGGCGGGCGGCAACCUCGUCGGGUGGUGGAGGGUCGGGGAGCGCGAGGGCAAGAGGCCAGGCGGCGACCAGGGCGCCGCUGAAGGGCUGUGCGCCACGCAGCUCGGGAGGGUGUUUUGCCAAGAGGCCGUACGGAAGCUGCUUGCCGCGGGCGACCUCGCGGCAGGGGCGGCGUCGUGA